CGGGGGGUCUUACCACUUCCAAGUUCCAACGCUAGUCGCUACAAAAGUAGCAUUUAGCAAACAACAUUUUCGAAUGAAAAGAGCUACUACAAGGAGUGGAGAUUUUCAGUAGCGUGGCGGCCGACAAAAUGAUUAGAUCAGAUUACCGCCGCCGCGGCCACCAUCUACUGGCGCUUCUCGCAAUAGCAGUGAUACUACUUUUACCGACGGCGACAGUCACCGUGGAAGAUACAGAUUCUUCGUCGAUCAUAUCUAGAUUCCAGGAAUACCUCAGAAUCAAUACCGCCCACCCCGGCCCCAACUACAACGAAGCGGCCGAUUUCAUCGCCUCCCAAGCCAAGUCCCUCUCGUUGGAUUUUCAGAUCUUGGAGUUCGUAAAGGGCAAGCCCCUGGUGCUCCUCAAGUGGGCUGGCAAGAACCCUGCCCUCCCUUCCGUCCUCCUUAAUUCCCACACCGACGUCGUACCCGCUGAGCCCCACAAAUGGGACCAUCCCCCUUUUCAAGCUCACAUCGACCCCUCAUCCGGCCACAUCUAUGCCCGCGGCUCUCAGGACAUGAAGUGCGUCGGCCUUCAGUAUCUGGAGGCUAUUCGCAAGCUCCAGGCUUCAGGCUUCCGUCCCCUGCGCACCGUCUACCUCUCCUUCGUUCCUGAUGAGGAAAUCGGUGGCAAUGACGGAGUCGGGAAGUUCGCCAAUUCCGAAAUUUUCAAGAAUAUGAACGUAGCUAUUAUACUGGACGAGGGGUUGGCCUCACCCGCUGACAAUUACCGGGUGUUCUACGCUGAGAGGUGCCCUUGGUGGCUGGUCAUUAAAGCUACAGGUGCGCCCGGUCAUGGGGCUAAGCUUUACGACAACACUGCAAUGGAGAAUUUACUCAAGAGCAUCGAGAGUGUUAGGAGAUUCAGGGCCGUUCAAUUUGAUAUGGUUAAGGCUGGACUAAAAGCUGAAGGAGAGGUCAUUUCUGUUAAUAUGGUAUUCUUGAAAGCAGGCACCCCAUCUCCGACUGGUUUUGUCAUGAAUUUGCAACCAUCUGAAGCUCAAGCAGGUUUUGAUAUUCGAGUCCCACCAACUGCGGAUGUAGCAUCCUUAGAGAGACGAAUUGGAGAGGAAUGGGCACCUGCCACACGUAAUAUGACCUUUGAGUUUAAGCAGAGGGCAUCUACAUAUGACAAGUUUGGUAAGCCAAUUCUUACAGCUUUUGACGGUUCAAAUCCUUGGUGGGCACUGUUGGAAGAUGCAAUAAAAAAUGCCAGCGGGAAACUUGGGAAACCGGAGAUAUUUCCUGCUUCCACAGAUGCUCGCUACUUCAGGGAACUUGGCUUGCCAGCAAUUGGCUUUUCUCCUAUGGCGAACACUCCCAUUCUACUUCAUGACCACAAUGAGUUCCUGAGCAAGAACGAGUAUUUGCGGGGAAUUGACAUUUAUGAGUCAAUAAUCAAAGCAUAUGCAUCUUAUGCUGAACCAGUGAAGGAUGAAGCAUCCAGAGCGGAGUUGUAAGAAUGCAACCUGCUUUCUCCCUCACUUUGCGAAGAAUAAAAGUGUUUUGUCAGCUUGAUCAAUCGAAUCUCCAACUUGUCGGUUUUGAGCAGCCUCUUUCCACACUGCUUUCUGAAAAAUAGAAGUUUAAAAUUCUUAGCAUAGCAAUUAUAUAAGUGCAUGAUUAAAAUAUAUUUCCAAAUUGUUGGGUCCCGAAAAAGGUACAAUAGAAAGAAGUAGCGAUUUACGUGUAAGGCAGAUAUUAUGAAAAUGAACUGAAUCGAAAUAUACACUGGUGGUUUGACGGGCACCAGGACGAUGAUAUAGAA